UGACAAAUACUGUUAGAAAGGAUGCAGUGCGGUAACUCAAAAACAGGAAGGCUGGAGAAGGCUCAGGCAGCCCAGAGGUUGCCGCACAUGCAUGCAGACCUGGACUUAACCCCUCAGAACCCACGUAACAUACCCAAGUGCAGUGGCCAAGGAGGUUAAUUCCACUGCUGGGGAGGGAAACCCAGGCAGAUCCUGGGGCCUCAGUGGCCAGGCAGUCUAGCCAAAUUUGCAAGCUACAUGUGCAGCGAGAAACCCUGCCUCAAAAAAUAAAGAGCUAUUGAUAAAGUUCCCCAACUCUACCCUCUCAUCUCCACAUGUAUGUACACAUAUGUACACACAUACUUCAAGGAAAAUGAAAUCCGUCUAGUAAGUAUUAACUUUAGUGAUGUUUCUUUCUAGAUGGUGAUGGAAAGUGGGGAUUGGCUCGUUGGUGGAGACCUACAGGUGCUGGAGAGAAUAAGGUGGGAUGAUGGACUGGACCAAUACCGCCUAACACCACUAGAGAUCAAACAGAAGUGUAAAGACAUGAAUGCUGAUGCUGUGUUUGCAUUCCAGUUGCGCAACCCUGUCCACAAUGGCCAUGCUCUGCUGAUGCAGGAUACCCGCCGCAGGCUCCUGGAGAGGGGCUACAAGCACCCAGUUCUCCUGCUACACCCUCUGGGGGGCUGGACCAAGGACGACGAUGUGCCUCUGGACUGGAGAAUGAAGCAGCAUGCAGCUGUCCUGGAGGAAGGGGUCCUGGAUCCCAAGUCAACGAUUGUUGCCAUCUUUCCGUCUCCUAUGUUAUAUGCUGGCCCCACAGAGGUCCAGUGGCACUGCAGGUGCCGGAUGAUCGCAGGGGCCAAUUUCUACAUUGUGGGCAGGGAUCCUGCAGGAAUGCCCCACCCUGAGACAAAGAAAGACCUGUAUGAACCUACCCAUGGGGGCAAGGUCUUGAGUAUGGCCCCUGGCCUCACCUCUGUGGAAAUCAUUCCAUUCCGAGUGGCUGCCUACAAUAAAACCAAAAAGGCCAUGGACUUUUAUGAUCCAGCAAGGCAUGCCGAGUUUGACUUCAUCUCAGGAACUCGUAUGAGGAAGCUUGCCCGGGAAGGAGAAGACCCCCCAGAUGGCUUCAUGGCCCCCAAAGCAUGGAAGGUGUUGACAGAUUAUUACAGGUCUCUGGAGAAGAUGAACUAGGUGUCCCUGGUUCUGGCUUCUUUCUCAAGUGCUCUUUGACUGACGAUUUUUUUUUUCUAUCUUUGUGAUUAGAUGCUCUAUAUCCAAUUGCUCCUUGAUGACUUUUUGAAGUUAGUAUUUUACAACGAGGUAAAAAGUUGUGCCUAUAAUUUAAAACCAACUUCAUUAUGUUUAUCAAAGUCACACUGGAAACUAAGUCUUAGGCUUAUACUGUUAUACAUUCCAGAGUGAAAACACUUGUAUUUUACUUCAUCUCAGCAGAUGUUCAGACUUCUUAAAAAUGUGACUAUGUCUAAUUGACUUGCCCAACACAGAAUGAUACUAACCAGCUUCAUGUUGCCAGCCUGGAAUCCCAGAAGCAAUACACCACGUGAACAGCUUACCUCACGACUACACACGGCCUCACUGUCCAGUGUGUCAACUGAAGAUGCAACUGGAAGAAACGUGUGUGAAGACGUGAAUGAAAUCUGAAAGAGCUAUGUAAUUUACUUUUGCAGUGAAAAUGACAUAGUCCAAUACAAAGAGACGUUCUAAUGGUCUCCUAUGAAUAGUAACUCUAGUUUGACAGCACUCUUCAAUAUUGUGCUUUAGUGAAGAAUUUUCCCUGAUGAUUUAGGAAUCGUCAGGGUGUACUGUAGAAGACUUCUUUCCCCACUUUGCUGUGGUCGUAGUUACUUAAAGAGGCACCUAUUUGAUUGCUGUAACCAAAACAAACCCACAUAUUAAAUUAACAAGAAGCUAAAACUGUUGAUAUCUGAAGUUAAAAUGCAAACUUUAUCCUAGUGAACAGAUAAUAUGUACAUAAGCUUUGGGGGUGCUGAGCACUGUAACACACAAAAUUGACAUUAGCCAAUACUGCUCACACCAAAAGACUGCCCAGGCCGCCACACUCCUAAGCGGGGUCCCUGUCUACCUUAGACAGCGUAAGAGCAGGUUCUGAUUCCUUGAAGCUACUUAACAAAGCUCUCCUUGAGGAUGCUAAAAAGCAACCUUCUUGGAGACUGAGGGCUCAGGGUAUCCCAAACUCUCAAUGUUACAAGUUUCCAGACUGUGCCUGUCGUGAGACAUCCUUUGAUGGUUUUAUUUCUAAGAGGUGAUUUUUGUAUUUUAUUCAAGGUUCAUUGUUGCCAAGGAAUACGUAAAUAAAAAGCAUCUUUUACAUACAGGUUUCUCUGGAAGAGACCCCAGACUGAAAAGAGAAAUUCACUUUUUUCAUACUGCUACUUUUUAAAGUUAAUAAAAGCUCUUCUGAGAGUAAGAUAUGUACCAUGACCACAGCAAAGUGAGUCUUCAACUGUGUUGUGCCUGUGCUCCCUUCUGUCAGAGCCACUCACUGGUGCCUUUAAGACUACACAUUCACUGACACGACAGGACUGUAGUGCCUUAACAAGCGAAUUGUGACUUUAAAGACAGUAAGCUGCCUUUCUGCUGAAGUACUACAGUUAGUGUAACUGUUCUGGUGUCCAACUUGUAUCUGCUCUUCAAUAAACCUCUGGAAGACCAA